UGGGGAGCGGCGGGGCGCGGCGGCCGAAGCCCGGAAGCGGACUGAGGCGGCCGGGGUCCCCGCCGUCUAGCAGCCAUGAACGAGGCUGACCGGCAGGUCCUGCGACGGUACCGGUUGCGGCUGGUGAGCGAGUUGCAGGUGGCCUCGCUCUGGGACGCUUUGCUGAACCGCGAGCUCUUCACCCCCGACAUGAUCGAGGAAAUCCAGCGGGCAGGCUCUGGGUCUCGGCGUGAUCAGGCCAGGCAGCUGAUCACAGAUCUAGAGACUCGAGGGAGUCAGGCCCUUUCUUUGUUCAUCUCCUGCUUGGAGGACACAGGCCAGAACACGUUGGCUUCAUUACUGAGGACCAGUAGUCAAGCGGCAAGGCAGCAUCCGGAGGCCAUCAGACCCCUGGAUCUUAAGCCUGUGGUGCUGAGGCCAGAGGGCCUCAAACCAGAGUCGCUGGGAGUGGGUAAGCAGGAUCCAUUGAUGCCAACCCCAGGAAAACUCGUUCCAGUGGUGCUGGGGCCGAAGGAGCUCUGGCCGGCCAAGCUCAGGCCCGAGGUUCUCAGACCAGAGGCGCCCAGGCCAGUGGACAUUGGUUCUGGAGGACUCAGUGAUGUCUGUGCUCAGGACAGAGCCAAGGGAAAUGCCAAUUUGGCCUAUGUCCUGAGCGCGGACCCCUGUGGCCGCUGCCUCAUUGUCAACAACGUGCACUUCCGCCGCGAGUCGGGGCUCAGGACCCGCGCCGGCUCCAGUGUGGACUGUGAGAGGCUGCAACGGCGGUUCCGCUUGCUGCACUUCGUGGUGGAGGUGGAGUGUGACCUCACGGCCAAGGUACGGUCCCUGCCCGCGGAGAGAGAUGGGGGCGGGCGGGACGGUGUCCUGCAAGGGACCCUGAAAGCAAGCGACUCCCCGAGACGAGCCCUUCCGUCUGUGGGACCAUGA